AUGCUGACGAGGAAACCUCUACCCAAGUUCGCUUUCCCACCAUCAAAAUUGCGCCAGCCACCGCCUCCUCGACGGCCAGGUGAAGAAGAAUCGAAUACAGAGCUUGAGCCCUUCAAAUUCCUGCUUCCACCCCUUCACCAGAUUAUCAGUGGGAAAACAAUAGAAUCUCUACCUGAUGAGCUGUUGUUUGAAGUCCUUGCUCGAAUCCCUGCAGGCCGCCAGCAACAGAUUUACGAGGCAAGGCUUGUUUGCCGUAAAUGGUACCAUAUCAUCCACACCCGUGAUUUCAUGUCCGCCUACUUACACCACUCUACUUAUGGUCUCUUAUUAAAAUCCAUGAUUUGGGAAUCACUUUUAAUCCUCCCUCAAAGGGGAAGGGGAGGAGGGGUCGAGAUAACCCAGUUGAAGUACAAACGUAGGUGUAAGGUCGAUAGUAGUUGUAAUGGAUUGUGGUUAGAGAAUAGUCUGGACUGCAAAGAUCUUUACGUCACGAAUCCCACGACUGGGAAAAUUUUUCUUCUCCCUCCAUUCGUUGGUCAAGUUUCAGAAGCACAAUAUGCAAUGGCGUACGUGCCGGCUUCCAUGGAGUAUAAAGUGGUUAUAUUCUAUCCUCCUGAAAAAACCCCUCGCGCGGUUUGUCAUAUAUUAACCGCUGGAGUUGAUAAAACAUGGAGGGACGUUGAUUUGGGACUCGUAUCAAAGGAGGCAAGUAUGGCAUUCUCCAAUAUUCCGUUGGUUACUGAUGGUUUCAUUCAUUGGAACCAUCCGUGUACCCACCAUCUCUUGACUCUUAAUGUGGAGACUGAAACUAUUACAGAGACUCCCUGCCCUCCCCCGACUCCUGGGAGUCGAAGAUAUAUUUACUUAUCAACCGGAAAAUAUCUGUCUUUAUUGCGUCCUUACGGGAAGUGCUCGUGGGAGGUUUGGGAGAUGAGUCGACCCGAAACAGGGGAAUGGAGAAAGAAGGCCGAUUUUUGCUUGGAGGUUCUCAAAGAAAGAUUCAACCUAUUAGGUUUGGUACCCAAAGAAGUUCUGCUCCCGGUAGGCUGGGUCAAGUAUCCAGAGUUGUUGGCCAUGACAUCUUACUCUAAGACUAAAUGGACUGCACUUUUUCUAUACAAUCUUGUCACGCAAGAAAUCGAUGAAAUCGGGUUACCUUCCUAUGUUUUUCAAUACAGUUUUGUGGUACAUAAGAGUAGUUUGGAGUGGUUGGAUGCAGUCAAGCCUACUCGACGACUGGUAUCUAAAUGA